UGGGACAUUUAUCCACUUAGAUAAAUGCUUGUUAUUGUUUUAGUAGUACUUUGUACAUUGGGAACCUGAUCCCCACGGUCAGCAGUCCAUCGGAUCUAUAAAUUUCCUCCCGACUUCAACGCCCGUUCCGUUCCGUUCCACCUGCCUUACUUCAUCCAUUGUCCAAAUCAUUUCCGUCCAAUUUCCAUCGGACGUCCCAGCCUUCUCUCUGGCUUCCACAACAGGGGAGAACUGAGAAGUGGUAAUGGAGUGGAGAAGGGGAUCAAGCCCGAUGCAUGCGCGACAGAGAAGCGGGGGGUCGAGUAACAUGAGCUCGUCGUCGCCGGCGAUGUCGACGGGGCACCACCGCUCGUCGUCGCUAACGGUUACCGGCGUUGGGGGAAUGUCGACGGUUAAGAGGACGCAGAAUGUGGCGGCGAAGGCGGCGGCCGCGAGGCUUGCGCAGGUAAUGGCGUCGCAGAGUGCGGCCGAUGAUGGCGACGGUGAAGAGGACGACGAGCUCCCUGCCACGGCCGCGACAGGGCUCAGAAUCGCCAAUCGGUCGACUGGAACAAGCAACGGCGGCGGUGCAGGCGGGACAAUUUUGGGGAGGGGGAACACUCCGAACAUAUCUUCUUCGCCUGCGUCUGGUCGGAAUUUUGUGGAGCACAGUUCAGCUGUUCGUUCAGCAUCCAUUGCAAGGCCAUCUGUCUCGGCCUAUUCGACACCUCUUGUGCCCCCAACACUUAUACCCCCGAGUAAAACUGUGAAGACUCCAUCUCCCAUUCCACCAAUUGAUCUACCUGCUCAAAAGCCUGCACAGAGAAGAUUUUCAGUUGAUAUUGGGCAUUUGAAUCCUAAAGAAAAUGGAAUUAGUCGUCAGGCUUCUGCACUUCAAGAUGAGCUUGAUAUGCUGCAGGAAGAGAAUGAGACUAUGCUUGAAAAGUUGCGACGUGCAGAAGAAAAACGUGAGGAAGCUGAGGCACGAACUAGGGAGCUAGAGAAGCAGGUUGCUUCUCUUGGAGAAGGGGUAUCUUUGGAAGCCCGGCUACUUAGCAGGAAGGAGGCAGCUCUCCGCCAAAGGGAGGCUUAUCUUAAAGCUGCCAAUCAAAUGAAAGAUGGGAGAGAUGGGGAAGCAGAAGCUCUUCGACAAAUGGCUAUGUCUGUCAAAGAUGAGGCUGCUACUGCUGUUGAAAAACUCAGAGAAACUGAAUCUGAGGCAAAGGCUUUUCGAACCAUGACGCAAAGAAUGAUAUUGACUGAAGAAGAGAUGGAAGAGGUGGUGCUCAAGAGAUGCUGGUUAGCUCGCUACUGGGGUCUAGCUGCUCAGCAUGGUGUCUAUCUAGAUAUGGCGGCAUCCAAAUAUGAGUACUGGUCCUCACUAGCUCCCCUCCCACUCGAAGUUGUUAUAUCUGCUGGACAAAAGGCAAAGGAAGAAUCAUCAAAUAAAGGGAAUGAAUUCUCUGGGAGAAAUAAACUGGUACGUGAAUUAAGUGAUAUAGCUGGAGAAGGCAACAUUGAGAGUAUGCUUUCUGUUGAGCAAGGUUUGAGAGAACUUGCAGCAUUGAAGGUGGAAGAUGCUGUUGUGCUUGCAUUCGCUCAACAACGGAGACUAAAUUUACUCCGGCACCCUGCAUCUGGUUUGUUUCCUUUCCGACUUUGUAUCUUAAAUCACCCGGUGGGGAUCCAAAGAUCAUGGAUGCCUUCGAACUCAGUGACGAGGAGUCUGAAGACGUUUUAUUCAAAGAGGCAUGGCUUACAUAUUUUUGGAGAAGAGCCAAAUCCCAUGGUGUGGAAGAAGAGAUUGCUGAUGAGAGGCUACAGUUUUGGAUUGGCCGUUCUGGUCAGUCCCCGACUUCUCAUGAUGCGGUCGAUGUUGAAAGAGGUCUGUUAGAGCUAAGGAAACUGGGCAUUGAACAGCGUCUGUGGGAAGCUUCUCGUAGUGAGAUGGAUCAAAGCUCAUGAACACAAAAAGCUCAUGUAAUGUCAUUUAACCAUAAUCUCUAUAUUAGUUUUUAGUUAUUAACAAAAGAAUAUCGUUUGUUUCUUGAAUGUCUCAAUCACCUAACCGUUGAGUGCUUGUUUUUUUAGCGGCCUGUAGAGGGCUUAAAGCUUGCGGCAAAAUGUUUUCUGGAGUUUAGGCCCUGUAUUUGUAGAUAAUCUGAUUUUCUUGAAGAUCAUUUACUCUUUCUUCUGUUAA